AUGGUGGAAAAACGAGAUCACAAUGAAUUACAUCCGGGAGGCAAUACCUUUAUGGUGGGUGUACCUUUUGGUGAGAAUCGUAUAUUAUUCUUUGAUUUAGUAUCACUAGUGAUUAUGUGGAAAGGAGUGUACCUUGAGAAUGAAAAGAUUUUUGGAUCAUUAAGACUCAUUGAUCUUUCAAGCAAUCAAUUGACUGGACAAAUUCCAGAAGAAUUAACACAUCUUGUUGAAUUAACUCAACUUAACCUAUCAUGGAACAAUUUGCAUGGAGCAAUCCCAAAGGAGGUUGGGAAAUUGAGCAAUCUACAAUCACUUGAUUUGUCCAACAACAAGCUCUCCGGUGAAAUUCCCUCUAGCUUAGCAACAAUAUCAUUUUUGAGCUACUUGAAGUUGUCGAACAACCGAUUGAAACCUUAG